CGCACCACCCGCAAUGGCUGCUAUCUUACCGGCUUCUUGGUCUCGAGCUGCGCCAUUCAUCUGCGACUCAUGCUUGAGCCGUUCUUUACGGGCCUUGCAGCCUACAGCCCCGCGAUUCCUGACUACUGCGUCAUCACAGCGGUUAUCUUCGCUGCAGCGUCCAACACAAUUUCAUCGUAAAGCCAGCUCUACGGCUAUUCCUAUAAUACGAUCACGUCCUUUCGAAGCUUUGGCUCUCCGCCGGCAGAAUUCCAGCACGCGACUGCUCCCUAGAUCAGCAAGCUCAGGCAUCGCGCCGCUACCGUCCUGCCGCCUCAUAUCUCUGUCCGGCCCCGACACUGCGAAGUUCCUUCAAGGACUGGUCACGAAUAAUGUCGAUCCACAUCGGCGUGCUCCCUUCUACUCUGCGUUCCUGGAUGCACGAGGAAGAGUCCUGUGGGAUGCGUUUAUAUGGGUGGAUCUGGAGCUGAUGGAGAAGGAAGGAAACUGGGCAUGCUAUAUCGAGGUUGAUGCUGAGGAGGUAGAAGCACUGGUUAAACAUUUGCGGCGGCAUAAGCUGAGGAGUAAGGUCAAUAUCGCCGUUGUGGGGGAAAGUGAGAUGGGCGUAUGGGCAGGCUGGGGUGUAUCACCAGAGCAAUUGCAAAGCGAACGGCUCGUCGCAUCGCUUGUCGAUCCCCGUGGACGAAACUUCGGCGUGCGAUGUCUUUUCAAGGGAAAUGAAGCUCCCGAAAACCCUCCCGUCCCAGUCGUGGAUGCUUUGCAGUAUCGGCUGCGCCGGUACCUCUUCGGCAUACCCGAAGGCCCGCAAGAAAUACAAAGAGAGAGCGCAUUACCAAUGGAAUGCAACAUCGAUCUAAGCCAAGGUAUCGAUUUCAGGAAAGGAUGCUACGUCGGUCAGGAGCUCACUAUUCGAACCAAGCAUACCGGGGUGGUGCGGAAACGCAUACUCCCGGUCCAGCUCUAUCAUACCACUCCUCCACCCGACUAUGACCACAGAGAUCCCAACACACUUCCUAACUUCGAUCCUAAUUGGGGCGACGACCUUCCAGAAAGCGGCGCAGACAUCAAGCAGCUAGAUGAAGAAGGCAGCAUAAGGAAGGGGAGAGCCGCAGGCAAGUUCAUAACUGGUAUUGGGAACGUGGGGCUUGCGCUAUGUAGGCUGGAGAUGAUGACUAGCAUGCGGAUCAGCGCUGAAGGUGGUAGCUGGAAGCCUGGCGUCGAAUUUGGGAUACAGAAGGGCGCGGAUGGGGAAGUGAUCAGGGUGAAGGCUAUUGUGCCGCAAUGGUUCAGGGAGAGGGAAAGGGAUAUGUGGGAUAAGAAUCGGACGAGGGUGUAGUCUCUAUAGGCAAUGCGAACCGAAUUCUGCCUUGG